AUGGCCACUAUUGAAGAAAUCCCAGAAAACGUCGAAGUCGAAGAAGAAGAGACUACCACCACCACUGAUGCCAACCCACAAGCCAGAAAGACUUCCCGUGGUGAGAAGAAGACCAGAGGUGCUAUGGCCAAGCUCGGUAUGAAGCCAGUCCCAGAUAUUAUGAGAGUUACCCUCAAGAGCCAAGGUUUCUUGUGCAUUGUUGCUCAACCAGAAGUCUACAAGGCUACUGGAUCAGAUACCUAUGUGAUCCUUGGUGAAACCACUUUCGAAGAUCCAAAUGCCACCCGUGCCUCCAAGGCCGCCAAGAAGGUUGAGGAAACCGCCAAGUCUGAGGCUGAAACCACCACCACUACCACUACCGCCACCGCUGAAGUUGAUGACGAAGAUGUCGACCUCCAAGGACUCGAUCCAAAGGACGUUGAGGUCGUCAUGAAGGAAGCCAAGGCUUCAAAGGCUAAGGUCGUUGAGGCUCUCAAGAAGACCGGUGACAUCGUCUCUGCCGUCUUGGAAUUGACCAGCUAA